AUGGGCUCUGCCGCCAAGCGCUCCCGCACCCCACAGCUCCCACGCUGCUGCCGCCGAGAGGUGUGCGAGCGGGGGGCCAGCAGGGAUAAAAGCAGCCGAGCACCCCCUCUGCGCCUCACUGCCCGCGGGCAGGGUCCCAGCGAGCCCACCGCAGAGGGCUCUCCCAGCCGGCUUUCACCGGAGGCUGGAUUUUGCGGUUCCUCUGCCCGGUCUCACAGGCGCACAGGUGAACGGAUCCGGCACCCACGGCACUCUCAGGUGACUCUUCUGCUGUACGACUCAACCAAGAUGAGGCAGCUGCUCUCCAAGUCUGUUGUGAUUGAUGACGAUGAUGAUGAUGAAUAUCCCUGGAGGCAGAAUGCUCACAAGAGCGGCCAUGAGUCUGCUUCCAGGCGCUUCAACCCGGCCGAUGUGGAGGUGGACGUGGCUGGAAGAUCCUUUCUGGUCACCGGCGCAAACAGCGGCAUUGGCAAGGCCACCGCCAAGGAGAUCGCGAGGAGAGGUGGCACGAUUCAUCUGGUUUGCCGAAAUAAGGAACGGGCUGAAGUCUCCAAAGGAGAAAUAGUGACAGAAACGGGUAAUCAGAAUAUCUUCUUGCAUAUUGUGGAUAUAUCUAAUCCCAAGGAAAUCUGGAAGUUUGCUGAAAAGUUUAAAAAUGAACAUAAAUUAAAUGUGUUGAUCAACAAUGCCGGAUGUAUGGUGAAUAACAGGGAAUUAACUGAAGAUGGACUUGAAAAAAACUUUGCAACAAACACUUUGGGUACAUACAUUCUGACAACUGCCCUGCUGCCCCUCCUGGAGAAAGAAGCUGACGCCAGAGUGGUAACUGUUUCUUCUGGGGGCAUGCUAGUUCAAAAAUUAAACAUAUCUGACUUGCAGUCGGAAAAUGGGACAUUUGAUGGAACUAUGGUGUAUGCACAAAACAAGAGACAGCAAGUUGUCAUGACAGAACAAUGGGCAAAAGCUCACCGAAACAUCCAUUUCUCCGUUAUGCACCCCGGCUGGGCAGACACUCCAGCUGUGAGAUCGUCAAUGCCAGAUUUCUAUCAAAAGAUGAAGAAUAUUCUGCGCACAGAGGCCCAGGGAGCUGAUACUGUUGUAUGGUUGGCAGUAUCAUCUGAAGCAACAAAGUUACCGAGCGGCUUGUUCUUCCAAGACAGGCAGCCAGUCCCUACACACUUACCACUGGCAAGCACCCGCAGUCUGCCAGAGGACGAGGAGAAGCUAAUGGAGGUGCUGGAAGAGUUCUCCCAGAAGUUUAAAUCCACUUCUCCAGCAACUUAG